AUGCCUGGUUCCUAUAGAUACUCGACAAGGUACUCAAGCCUAGAAACACCUAACGGAACAUCCACAAACAUAUCUACCCCUCCACACACUGGGCAAAGUAAACGGCCAAGACUGCCUCACAUCACUCCAAUCAGAAUAAACGAGCCGGGUUCCAGGGGCCUGCUACUCAUGUCGCCUGCCUUUUCGUCCCCUCAACCGCCUUUGGCUCUUGAGAAAAUUCCCACUUUUAGUGAUGGGAUGAUCCCUUCAAUGGGGCCAAUAGCCAUCUCAAUGGCACAUCCAGUAGUCUCACAACCGUUCAGUACGCUGGCCGCCUACGAGGAGCCAGAACCGCAGAAAAAGAAUAAGAAACAGAAGAAGGCUCGCCGUGACGAGAACGACGUCGGGUUUCUGCUCCAGUCCUCCGAGAAACCACCUUAUUCUUACGCGACUCUCAUUGGAAUGGCUAUCCUUUCUCACCCUGAUAAACAGCUCACUCUAUCCCAAAUCUAUCUCUGGAUUUCAGAUACAUUCAAAUACUACCGCCAAGGCGACGUUGGAUGGCAAAACCUGAUCCGUCACAAUCUCUCGCUCAACAAGGCAUUUGUUAAAGGUGAGAAGUCCAAGGAUGGAAAGGGCCACUUCUGGCUAGUACAGCGCGAAUCCCAAGACUUAUUUCUCAAAGCGAAAAACAACAAGCGCAGUCUGUACGAGGAGGUUAUGGAGCAAUUGGCUACUGCAAAAGACGGCUCCCAUUUGCCACUGUCUCCAAAUAACUUAACCGAUGAUGACAUGGUGCGCACACUGGGCGAUGCCAGCCAUUACAAGAUCAAUAACCAUACAAUUAUCGCCAGAAAUGUGGCCUCCACUGCUUCUUCUGCAUCAAUUUCCAGACCAAGCAGGUCUGAACGUGCUAGUAGCUACAAGGGUAGUUACAAUAACAAUAGCAACAACGUCAAUAAUGAUGAUGACGACGACUUCGAUGACGAUAACACUAGGUACAAUGGUAGUGCCGCUGGCGCCCACUCCGAAAGCCCAAACCUCCUCGUCAUUCGAACACCCACUCAUGUAGGCGAGAACAGCCGUGAAACGCUGCCUGACCGGCCCAUCCGUGCCAACAAGAACUCCCCCUUCACGCUGAGUUUCAGUUGUAGUCUGAACUUUGAGUUUCUGCCCGUUCCGCCUGUCGACACUGGUCCUCUACUAGAGCCACUCACUCCUGGGCGGUCAUCUCUUCGCACAUACACAAACAGCGAUAUCAAUGUGAUGACCUCUGGAAACUUGAACAAAGGUCUGACGGUGUCAGAACCUAUUGCAGAAACUCCUUCAAUUAUUAUUAAUCUGAAUAGACAUGCAAGCAUUGUCUUCCAUGGCGCUUCACCAGGAUCCAUUGCUAUCAGUGAUGCGAGACAAGCGGUAGCCCAGGGGAAGGUGUCUACCACCACUUCGUUUUCGGAUGGUUCGUUCUCGUCUGUAAACUCUGGUCUUUCUUUGAGUGCGUCUAAUUCUGUUUCUACCACGAUCAGUAAUGUUGGCAGUAAUUACCCUGCGCCAACCUUCAACUUAUCAAGGACUCCGAAAGAGGCUGCGCGGACUCCACUCCGGCUACUAAAGACACCGUUGAGCGGGACGAUGGUGCGGAAAUUGUGGCAGUCGCCCUCAUAUCUUGAAGAGUUCUACCACUCUCCGUUCGGCAACGACCGGAAGAUUUUGACUCUGUACGACGAUGAUGACAUGAUCUUGCGGUCAUUUGAUAGUCCAGCUGCUGCCAGACGGCCACGUCCAAAUUUGCUCAUUCAAUUAGAGAAUGUACAGUCUGCAGAUGUUGAGGAGCGAGAAUAG